GCGCGAAAGCGAGCAAUGGGAAAGCGUAGCGACGCGCGUGCAGUAGCCGAGAAUGCGACAGACCGCAAUCGGAGGAAUCGCAAAAAUCGAUAUCAACGUUUUCUUCACUUUUCCUAAAAGUCUCUAUACCUAUCUAUCUGCAACAUAUGCGAGGAGAGAAAAAUGAGCGAGCUGCGACGGCGAUUGGUCGACGAUCACACGAGAAUGCAGCAACAGUGUGUGUGCGGGCGCUGUAUAUAGGUAUAGUCGUCUGUACUUAGUCGGGGAAGAACCGCCGCUACUGCAUAUCAAGGUUAUGACUACACUUCGGUGCGGAGCGCUGUUUUUUCCGCAAUAAUACUUGGAUAAAAUCAGCAUUCAGCGCUAGUCUUCGGACGAUUCUCGCACCAUGAGUACUGGCUCUUUUAGUCCAUCUUCUAUGGAAUCUCUUGGAUUACACCAAAUGGAAACUUGUGAUUCAAUGUCAACCACUGAGGUUUUUGAGAUGAUUGGCAAUCCAAUAUCUAGUAAUGAAAUAGCAUUAUGUGAUAGAACUGAAAUUAAAAUUGUUGUUCAGCCUGUAGACAAAUUUCGCUUUAGAUAUAAGUCCGAAAUGAUGGGAACCCAUGGUAGUCUUUUGGGUGAAAGAGAAGAUAGCAGCCAUAAAAAGGAAGUUCCUACAGUAAAGUUGGUUAACUGUCCAGUAAAAAAUGCUGUUAUUCGAUGUAGUUUAGUUACUGCUGAUGAAGACAGAAGAUUUCCUCAUGCUCACCAUUUAGUCAGAAAGGAUGAAAAUGGAGAUAAAGAUGAUCCACAUGAUAUCAAAGUAUCAGAUGAAAAUGAUUACACUGCAAUGUUUUGUAAUAUGGGAAUCAUUCACACAGCAAAAAAAAAUAUCAAGGAAGAAAUAGUGAGAAAGAGAAAAAUUGAAAAGAUAGAAGAGAAACGAAGACAGAAUCAGGAAAAUCCUAUAAUAACUACCAAGGAAGAUUUAGAGAUGAAGAAUGAAGCAGAAAAAGCUCAAAAAUGGAUGAAUCUGAAUAGUGUUUGUCUUUGCUUUCAAGGCUUUUGCUAUAAUGAAAAUGAUGUCUUGUACCCUUUAACAGAAAAAAUAUAUUCUCGACCAAUAAACAAUCUUAAAAGUGCUUUAACAGGUGAACUCAAAAUUUGUCGUAUAGAUAAGCAUACAAGUUCUUGUGAUGGAAAUGAGGAAGUUUGGUUGUUGGUUGAGAAAGUAGGCAGAAAAAAUAUCAAAGUAAAAUUUUAUGAACUUGAUGAUAGUGAAAACAUAAUUUGGGAAGCAGAAGGACGAUUUUCAGAACUUGAUGUUCAUCACCAAUAUGCAAUAGUGUUUAGAACUCCUCCAUAUAAAACUACUAAUAUAACAGAACCCGUGGAAGUUUACCUCAAAUUAGAAAGACCAUCGGAUGGAGAAGUUUCCAAUAGUAUGAAAUUUUUAUACAAACCGUCAGAAAAAAAUUUGACAGGUCGAAAGCGUCCACGACCAUCAUCUAUAUCAACAAGCAUGGAAUUUACACCAAUGGUUACACCAGCCGACCAAUUACUAACUAAUUGUCUAUCAAAUACCUUUUUGCUACCUGACGAAAUUUCUAAUGUUUCUCAAGAACUAAAAAAGCUGCUGAAUGAAUGUGAUAAUGGUAAUGCAAUCGAUGUUAAAAAAUUUAUUAAUGACAAUGAGUCAGGACUCGAAUCAUUGUUGCAAAUAUAUUCCAAAGAAAAAGAUGUAGAAUCAUAUGAUAGUAUAGUGCCUGAUGGGUUAACAUCAAAACAAAUGAUUAAACCGCAAGAGUUUGCAGUAGAAACGAUGAAACAAAUUAUUACAGUCUACAAUGAAAUGGAAAAAAACGGAAAAUCAGAGUCUUUGAUGAUGAAUAUAAAAGAUUUAUUACAAGAAACAAUAAAUUUUGGCGAUACUGCACUACAUGUUGCUUUACGAAUGGGACAAUUUGAAACGGCAAAAUGCAUUCUCACAUGCAUUGCAAUGGAUUCUAUGUUUAAGAGCACUGUUGAUUUACAGAAUAGUACUGGAAAGACGCCGCUGCACCUAGCCGUUUUAGCGGAUCAGUCCGAAAUAGUACGAGCUUUGUUGAAAAUUGGAGCUAAUCCAAACAUUUGUGAUGAGGAAGACGCCACAUCCUUGCACAGCGCAGUAAAGGUGGAUGCACAUGGAAGCCUCGCUGAGUUGCUUCAAUCGGGCAAUAAAAUAUGUUUAGAUGCUCACACAGAGUCCGGCUGGUCAGCUUUACAUUUAGCUGCAAAAGCAGGUUCGCUGUACGCUGUAAAAGCUCUUCACGAAGCUGGGGCUGACGUUAAUUCUAAAGAUAUGUCAUAUGGUAGAACAGCUCUGCAUAUAGCUGUUGACAGUAAUCAUUUUCAUAUUGUUAACUACUUGUUGACUAAGACUAAUAUAAAUGUAAAUGAGAAAAACUUCGGAGGCAAUACUGCUUUGCACAGCGCGGUUGUCAAGGGCGGUAAAUACGCUGAAGAGCUUAUAAGACUUCUUAAAAACCAUGGUGCCGAUCCAAACAUUAGAAAUAACAAUGCCACUCGAGAGGAAGAAGAAGAAGAUCAUAACAGUAUCCCACUAUCCAUACCUUCAGCUAUGGAUGAAUCAACCAUAGCUACGCCAACGAUAAAAAGUGAAAAUAGCGACACUGACGAAGACAUGUCGAGAGAUGGUGAAUCGUCAUUCGAUCUUGCACGUGAUGACCCUAAAUUGAUGCAACUGCUCAGCCAGCAUCAAAAGCCACAGAUUCCGCUGGAAGAGGAGCUCGAUUUGAAAGAAGAGUCAGAAGAUGAGAUGCCGCUAUUGGAACGGUCUAUGCUGCGUAUCAACCGUAGCUCAUCAAAAGAACCUACAACGCCAACACCCACAAUCACUAAACUAACUUCGCAACAACAACUACAAUUACAGCAGAUGAGACAGGGCGACGAGAAAGUCACCGAUGUACACAUCGAGCGUAUAAAAGACAUACUCGACAGAACGGGAGGCUGGGAAAGGCUAGCGCAACACACAAAGAAUGCAUCUCUUGUGCGAUUGCACAGAAAGACGUCGAGUCCGUCGUCCGCACUUUUUAACAAAAUCCGAUUGCAAAAGCCAAAUUUGACAGUGAGUCAAUUGAAGAAGCUGCUCAUAGAAGUGCAGGCAUACGAGGCUGCGACGGCACUAGAUCCAAAGUAGAUGCGUUUACAUAUUAUAUAUAUUUUAAGGAAGCGGACUUAAUCAUCGUAAAUAUUUGAUAAAUAUAUUUUUAUACGAAUCGACCGUUGAGAGAACAAGAAUUAACCGAAUCAUGAAGCAAUGUAAUUUUUACGGAACCACUUUUGCGAUCAUUGUACAAGCCUUUGGAUUAUUGAUAUUAUUAGAUUGCGAAUAAAGUUGAUUGAUUGGAAACAAAGUUGAUGGUUGGCCAGAACAGUAAAGCGACGAGGCGCAGGAGCAAGCGAGCUUGCGGCGCGCUUGCGCGUACGGGUCAGA